GUGGCCGGCCAGCUGUCGUGAUGGGGCAUAAGCACUCACUUCCUCCAGUCUGAUGCCGGACUGUCUCGCGUCGUCUUGACAAGUGAACUUUGCCUGCCAGAUAACUGAUUGUUUACAAGCGCUGUUUUUUUUUUUUUUUCUCACUGUUUGCUCGAGUAACAAGUGUGGUUUUUCGCUUCAGUUCAGUUCACUGUAAUAAUUAUGCAUCCUCCAACAAUGUUCAUCAUACCACUCCUGGCGAAGGCAGGGCGGCGACACAUAGAGGCGGAGGCUGACGGACAAGGAAGGUAUCGGCAGGAAGAUUAACUGAUACUGACAAAACAAGUGGGAGGUGCAGCGAGUCUGGCCAAACACAAUAUAUCUGAAGAUUAGAUAGAGUUGUAUCUCCUAUCGGGGGCAGCGGGACAUGCGACCUUUACUUUGGGACACGUGUGGUUUUACUCCUUGUAAAUAAUUCUUUUCAGUUAUCUAUGUUUGCAUUUGUUAGUAUAUCAGUUAAGGACCUAUUUAGGUAUAAAAUUAAACCAACCUGCUUCAAUUUCUUUACCGCAUUUAUUUAAAAUUUCAAUUAAACAUACCGUUUUAUCCAAGUUUUGUAUGCAUUCAGUAUUUUAGUGUGUCUACAUACAGAUUAAAUUCCAAAAAGGAAAAACAAUCAAGCAUGCUGCAUCAGUAUUCACUUAUCCUCUGAGGUUUCGAACACGGCUGUAUUUGAUGUGACAAUGAAUGCCGCUUAGCGAGCUGGUCAGGCCUGAUUUAUGAGCGAGGAGUGCACGUGGACGGACAAGUGUUAAGAAUGACGCAGAUAAAUAUCAAACUGGACUUGACUCAGAUUUUCAUGGUAGGUCUGUCACGCGAUUUGACUUCUUGCUACUUAUAUUUCGUAUUCAUUGAUGGUGACAGUGCAGUGUGUGUGUGUGUGUGUGUGUGUGUGUGUGUGUGUGAAUUUUUCUCUUUGCUUAUGACUUGAAAUGUUUCGAAAGGGGGGGAUCAAGACACAUUAGAAACUUAAUUGGCUAUCUUCCUCAGCCCUUGUCUCGUGUUUCUUUUUGGGGACGGCAGUGAAACUUUAUUUUCACUUUUAUUAUUUUAGCCAUUUAUUUUCCUAGGCUGGUUCCCUUUACCCAUGAAAAGAAAAAAAAAUGAACGAAUAAUCUUUUUGUUUCUUUUUGUACAAACUGGUUUGCGCGGGACAUCCAAACCAUUUUCAUUCCGACAGAAAAUUUCGGUGGCAUAACAAGGCCUGCACAACUGCAUACGAGGCAGGAACGUUACUAUUUCAUAAAGUUUAGGUCUGAAAGAAAGACGACACCUGGGGCGAGGGGGUCGGUGAAGGUCUGAGGGGAAUUAACUCUUGUGACGGCGAAGGACUUCCCGGGUUUUGGUGCGAGAGGGAAUGUUUUACAUUAAAAAAAAAAAAAAACUUUUCUUUUUUUAAGUUAUUCACUGAAAUCAUGAAAGAAAAAUUUGGCUGACGAAAAACAGGAAGUAAUCAAUCUUGAGAACAUAUGCAUUUCAUGGUGAAUGACUACCGACUAAUGAAAGAAAACGUAGGAAUACGAAUCGUAAAAUGAGACUGAAAGCAUCUCAUCAGCCUUACGUUUGCUGUUUUGAUUUGCAAAUAAAUAGACAAAUCAUGAAGGAUAACAAAAAAUCAAUAUAAAGCUUAAAACUGACCGGCUCAUGAUCGAGAAGAAAUCCAUUGAACGGUACCUGGAUCUGAAGCAGAGUGCACGUCACAUUUCUCAAUAAAGAAAUCGCGUCAUAAGGAGUAUAGCAGGUGAAUAAGGAAAGGUAAUGGCGGUGACCCAAGUGCAGAAUAAGGAUCUACUAUUCAGUCAUUCUUUGUGAACUUUUGUGAUCUUUCCCAGACUUAAUUUUGUUCUGAAUGAGAUCAAAAUGUUGAGUUGAGAAUAAGUUCCUUUUCUUGACAAAUUACUAAUCUCUCUCUCUCUCUCUCUCUCUCUCUCUCUCUCUCUCUCUCUCUCUCUCUCUCUCUCUCUCUCUCUCUCUCUCUCUCUCUCUAAUAAGUAAAUGCUAUAUAUUUCGAAAGUCGGUACGUGACCAAACACCUAUGCUCUGAAAUUGGUGUCUCGAGGUACAUUUUUCAAACUCCGCACCACCGCUGAGAAUGACAACCACUGCGCCGCCGUCAGUAAGAUCUCUGCCACUUAAAACGUCAUAGCAGUUCUCGCCAGAAGAGUUCUACCUUUGUCUUCUUGCCAGCACCAGCCCCACUACUGCGAUCUGAUAAUAUUAUAGCCCUCCGACAGACAACAGACCCUAGCCUUGCCAAGUCCAAUAUUCACAUGAAGGAAUAGCCCGAAGUCAGCAUGAAACCAAGUGGAACACUACAUUACUCGCUAAGCUCCUGCCGAUCCAUCACAUUACUGGCAGUUCUGUGGUUGGCGGUUCAGCAGAUGGCGGCGGCAGGCGACAACCUUGCGUCUGUGGUUCAGACUUCCAUCUUGAGCCAGACGGAUGCUUCCCUCGUGAGAGCCUUACUGGCUGAGACUACGUCAGCCUUGAUCAUACACGACGGUUCCCUUCACGCCCAGGGCUUGGUCCACCACGUGACUACCGACGCCCCCAAGCCUCUCCAGCUCGCCGGCGCAUCGGGUGUCUCUCGCCUCACCAUGUCUUCGUGCUGCCCAGGCCUCAACAGCGAGCGGGGAGUGGCUAUGUUGGUGUUCAGUGACGUGAAUGAGACGCUGAAGGUCGUGUCAGAGCUGAACCUUGAACAAGUUACGUGUCCUCUGCUCCUGCUCAGCCUCUCCGCCGCCGAUGAUGAAAGGCUGGUGUUGGAGGCAGUGUCGAAAGUACGCCGCUCUGUUCUGUUGAAGCUAAACCACAGGAGGCUGGACCGCCCUGUCCUCACCCUCAUCAACUACAAGCCCUUCCAGGCACCCGGGAAACAGUUUUCCCUGCAGACGGUGAGUGGCCCUGAGUACCUGCGACUGUGGGACAUGUUUGAGGAGCGCUUCGGGGACUUCCAUGGGCGGAUGCUACAAGUGGCCAGCUGGAUUGACGACUUUCCUUUUUUGUACUACGACUCUGGUGAGCGGGUGCAGGGCAUGGCCAAGGUAAUACUGGACGAGAUGGCAAGUCGUCUGCACUUCAACUACAGCCUGCAAAAGGAGCCUCCAGACGGGUACUGGGGUGAGGUGGUGAACGGCACGUGGAUGGGCAUGGCGGGCCAGCUGGUGCGGGGCGAGAAGGACCUCAUAGUGGACGGGUUCGCCAUCCUGCACGAUCGUUACCUCGCCCUUGACCUCUCCGUGCCCUACUUCACCGACUCCUACAGCGCCUCCCUCAAGUUUGUUCAUGCUGGACUACGGCGCCUUCCUCCCUGGGUUACUGCGCACCUCGGCAGAUCAAGUGUACCGCAGUCUGGGUCACCGCUUGCAGCUCCUCCAGUCCUACGAAAUUAUCAAGGACGAGAUCUCGGCAGGUCACGCCUUCGUGGAGGGAACACACUACACCCAGGCGCUGCUGGUGCAGUGGGGCAUGCAGGAUGUGUACGUGGUGGACGAGAAAAUGUUCCCCAACUACAAUGCCUGGGCUUUUCAGAAAGGGACACCGUGGAGGCAUCUCUUUAACAAAUACUUGAUGAGGAUGGUGGAGGCGGGGCUGGUCAACUACUGGCACAAGAGGACUAUACGCAGCUUCCGAAGAGAUCACGGUUUGUUACCUGAAACUGUGCAUCAAGACCAUUUCUCCCUGCGGCCGCUCUCCUUGCAAG